AUGUCAUCAAUUAUAACAAUAGUGUUGUUAUAUGCAGUUUAUAGAUAUUUUUGGUCAACAAAUAGCAACUAUGAUAAGUGUUGGGAACGACAGGGCAUACCGGUUGCACGGGUCAGUUGGUUGACAAAGUUUACCAAACAAUGGCAUCACUGGGAACGGGAUCUCUACCAGAAAUAUGGACUGGUUUUCGGUAUCUAUGAAUUGGGAAAACCGAUACUAUAUCUAUCAGAUCCCGAUCUCAUACGUGAUGUAUUGGUUAAAGAUUUCAAUGUUUUCAACAAUAGACGAGACACAACCACUGGUGUCGAUCCCAUUGUCGACAAUAUGAUGGACUUAUUACGUGACGAGCGCUGGAAAACUGUCCGAUCGAUAGUUACCCCGACUUUUUCAACGGGAAAACUACGCAAAAUGUUGCCAUCGAUUAUCAAUUGUCUCCGAAAUUUAGAUAAAAAUAUGUCGAAAAAAAUUUCAUCUGAAAAUACUAAUACUAAUAAUAAUAAUAAUAAACUAAACACUGAUUUGAAAAAAUUGUUUGGCGCCUAUACUAUGGAAUUAUUAAUUCAGGUAGCUUUCGGUGUCAAUGUUGACGGCUUGGAUGAAACCAAUCCAAUAAUCUUGAAUAUAUUGGAAAUGCUUGACUACAGUCCCAGUGCUAUAGUCAUACAGUCGGCACCAAAGUUGGCCCGACUAUUGCGACUGACGUUUUUCAAUGGCCGUAAUAUACGGUUUUUCCGCGAUAUGACUGUCCGUAUUAUUGCCGAAAGACGUCGACGACAGCAGCAAUUGUUGGCCACCACUACCACUACCGAUGCCGAGGACACCAAACCCGUAGAUUUUUUGCAGAUUAUGUUGGAUUCGCUACUUGAAGCCAAUGGCGACCAAACUAACGGCAAAUAUAUGACAAACGAUGAAUUUCUAGCCCAAUGUGUAUUGUUUUUAUUGGCCGGUUAUGAGACAACUACCAGUACUAUAUCAAUGGUUAUCUAUAAUAUAGCUAACAGUCCUCGUGUACAACAAAAAUGCUAUGAAGAGGCCAAACAAUACUACAAUGAAAAUAAAGUGAUUGACUAUGAAGUGAUGCAAAAUCUAAAAUACUUGGACGCAGUUAUCAGUGAAUCUAUGCGCUUGUAUCCGGUUUUACCGUUUUUUGAACGUCAGGCCAACCGUGACUAUCAGUUAGGUACUGGUGGUGGUAGUAAUGGCAUACUAGUGCCCAAAGAUACCAUUGUACAUAUACCUGUUUGGUCAAUACAACGUGAUCACCAUAACUACCCGGAUCCCGAUAAAUUUCUACCUGAACGAUUUUUAGGUGAUACCAAGCACCUGGAUCAUCAUCCCUAUGCCUAUCUACCGUUUGGUUCCGGGCCACGUAGCUGUCCGGGUAUGCGCUACGCCCAGUUGGUUGUCAAGCUAGCUAUACUACAAUCGGUCUACAAUUAUAAGUUUCAUCCGACAACUACCCCAGUACAGGUAGAUUGUGUUAGUAUGGUAUUGGUGCCCAAGGAGGUAAAAGUUUUAUUUGAAAAACUGCAAUUUAUACCAAAAAAUUAUUUUUUGUGA